CCUACCUUUGAACCAGCAGCUUUCGCGCCAGAUAGUAUAAAUGUAAAAAUUCUCAUACCAUACCAAAUCUGAAAAGAAUAUAAAAUUUGGUGUAAAAACAAAGAUGGUAAAUUUUGUUGAAUGAUCUCUCGUUGUUUGACUAAUUGGUACCCAAAAUUUGAACUUAGAAUAUAUAUCACAUCAGUUCGACUCCACUGGGCUUGGACUUGCUUCCAUAUAGGUGAUGAUGCGUAGGACUAGUCCGAGAAUUACUUGGAAUUUGUUCAACGCAGGAUUCAAUAGAGGUAAUGCGUCUUCUUCGUCUUCUUCUUCAAGUUUUUCAGUUAUUGUAGCACAAACUCAUUCCCAGACUGUAACCAAUGAGGUGGAAGUCCGUACUGUUAAAGAUGCUCUCAACAUGUUUGAUAGAAUGUUCCACUUGCGACCUCUGCCUUCUGUUGUGCGUUUCAAUCAAUUCUUCGGUAAAAUUGUGAAAAUGAAACACUAUUCCCUUGUGAUUACUUUCUACAACCAAAUGUUUUCAGUUGGAAUCCUGCCAGAUGAGUAUACGCUAGGCAUUUUGAUUAAUUGCUUCUCUCAUUUAAAGCGUACCCGUUUUGGUCUACCUGUCUUGGGAAAUUUCAUCAAAUUUGGGUUUGAAUUCAAUACCAUUACUCUCAAUACUUUAAUUAAGGGGUUUGUGGAUGAGGGUAAAAUUGAUGAAGCACAAGUUUGGUUUCACAUUAUGUUAGCAGGAAAAGGAUUUAAGCCUGAUAUAAUUACCUAUAACACAUUACUAAAUGGUUUUUGCAAGGUGGAGAAAAUUGAUAUGGCAAAAGAAUACUUUCAUCUUAUGAUUGGUGAAGGUCAUCCGAAGCCUGAUAUAAUUAUUUAUAACACACUACUAAAUGGCUUUUGCAGAGUGGGAAAAAUGAACGAGGCAAAAGAAUACUUUCAUGGUAUGAUUUCAGAAGGUUUGAAGCCUAAUAUAAUUACUUAUAGCACAUUAAUACAUGGUUUCUGUAAGGUGGGGAAUGUUGACAAGGCGAAAGAAUACUUUCCCAUAAUGAUUGCAGAAGGUUUUAAGCCUGAUAGAAUUGCUUAUAACACAUUGAUAAAUGGAUUUUGUAAGAUGGGGAAAGUUGAUGAGGCUAAAGAAUACUUUUACAUUAUGAUUGCAGAAGGUUUUCAGCCUGAUAUAGUUACUUAUAACACAUUACUAAAUGCUUUUUGUAAGGUGGGCAACACUGCUGCAGCUAUACAAUUGCUGAGGAACAUGGAGAAAAAGUUAACCAAGCUUAACAUAAUUUCUUAUAACACUGUUAUUGACGGUCUCUGCAAGGAUGGAUUAGUUGUUGAUGCCUUGGAUCUCCUCUCAGAAAUGACUAAGAAAGGAUUUGUUCCGAAUGUCAUUACUUACAACAGCUUGAUACAUGGAGCAUGCUUGCUAGGCCAACGGCAAGAAGCAGUGAGGUUAUUUAAUCAAAUGAUCGAUAAAAAUAUUACACCCGAUGUAUUUACUUUCAAUGUUUUGGUUGAUAUGCUUGGCAAAGAGGGUGAUGUUGUAGAGGCGGAAAGACUGAUUAAUAAUAUGGUACAAAGAGGCAUCAAACCGGAUUUGGUCACAUAUUGUUCAGUCAUGGAUGGUUAUUGUUUGCGAGGUGAAAUUGAUCAGGCAACUGAAAUGUUUCAGAUGGUUAAGAAAGAUUUCAACAUUAACUUGCAUAGUUAUAAUAUAAUAAUCAAUGGGCAUUGUAAGAACAAGGGGAUAGAGGAAGCUCUUGCACUGUUUCGAGAAAUGUCUUCAUCGAAUGGAUUAAUUCCUGAUGUUGUUACUUACAACACUCUCAUUGGUGGUUUGUGUACCGUAGGAAGAACUCAUGCUGCUCAAGAGCUAUUUGCAGAGAUGCUAGCUGCUGGCCAACUUCCUAAUAUUCAAACUUUUGCCAUUUUACUUGAUGGGCUAUGCAAAUAUGGACAAAUGAAGGAGGCACUGAAAAUAUUUCAGGAUAUGGAAGAGAAGAAGUUACCAGUGAAUAUUGUUAUCUACAGUAUCAUCAUUGGAGCUAUGUAUAAAGCUGGAGAUUUUACAGGGGCAAAGGAUCUCUUUCGCAAACUAUCAUCGAAGGGCUUGAGACCUGAUGUAAAGGCUUAUACAAUCAUGAUAGAUGGACUUCUAAGUGAAGGUCUUGUAGGUGAAGCCUUAAAUUUGUUUAGAGAAAUGGAAGAAAAUGGAUGCGCCCCAGAUAAUGGGACAUAUAAUAUAAUGAUCCGAGGACUUGUCAACAAUUGUGAAAUAUCAAGGGGAGUUGAGUUCAAUAAUGAAAUGGUGAAAAGGGGUUUUUCUGCAGAUGCUUCAACUGCAGAGAUAUUUAUUAAAAUGAUAUGUAAUGGUGAAAUAGAUUCUUCUUUGCAGCCAGUGAUUCAAAAGAGUUUAUGAAUUAUUAUUGGUCAGACAUAUUUAUUAAAGUGAUAUGAAAUGUUGAAAUAGAUUCGUCUCUGAAACAAAGUAAUCCAAAAGAAUUUAUGAGCCAUUAUUGGUUUUCUGAAGAUGUAUUUGUUGUCAAAUGAAAAAUUAGUUGAUGCUUUUAAUGGCAUUCAUAUAUAUGUUCUUUCUAACAUCCGUGACUUUUUUUUUUUGCUGAACUCUAACAUCUGUGACUUAGUUUGAAUGGAUCAAAUGUCAUUUUUCGAGUUCA